CAGAAUGAAGUUCAGAGUAUUGUUUUUCGUUUCUCUCUCCAUGUUUGCAUGUGGCACAUGUCAGAUAAAGGGUGUCAUUCACCAGUAUCCUUUUGUAGUUGCUGAACUUGGGAGCAGUGUGAUUUUACCAUGCUCUUAUUCAUUUGACAUGAUACACACUGUUUCAUGGUUUAAACAGACUGUUGUUGGAACUAACUUUUUCAAUAUGAGCAUCAUUAACCUGAAGGAAAAUGAUUUUGCAAACUACUAUUGUGCUGUGACCUUCAUCAGCACAAUUGAGUUUGGAGAAGGGACGAUUUUGCUACACAGUGGUAAAGAUUCUGCCAGUGAGGCCACAGUUCUCCAGCGGCCUGUAUUUGACAGACUUCAUCCAGGAGAUUCAGUGUCUCUGCAGUGUUCGGUCAUCAGUCAGAUCUGUGAAGGAGAAUACAGCGUCUACUGGUUCAGACAUUCGUCAGAACAUUCUCAUCCAGGACUCAUUUACACUCAUGAUAACAGGAGUGAUCAGUGUAUGGAGAGAUCAGAGAAUGGCUCUUCUACCCAGAGCUGUGUCUAUAGUCUCUCUCAGACUGAACUCAGAUCAUCUGAUGCUGGGAUUUAUUACUGCGCUAUUGCCACAUGUGGGAAGAUACACUUUGGAAAUGGAACUAAAUUAAUUGUUGAAGAUUUACAGUUCACGUGGAACCCAAUUACUGUAAUUCUGGCAACACUGAACAUCAUGACCAUGAUUGUGAUUACAAUUCUGCUGAUAGUGAUUCAAAAGAUCCACAUUAGAGAUUGUGGAUACUGA